ACCAAAUAUCGAUAAGAUUGCGGCAUCUUGAAAAGUCAACUUGCCUUUGCGAUACGAAAAAAAUAUUUACAUUUUGCGCCUUUUUACAGCAAUUAUAUUUAUAAAUUAUUGUGCUUGAACCAUCAAGUUAAUUUGGUUUUUGUGUUGAACGCUUCUACAAAAUGGACUACAUAAAACUGCAGGAUCAAGUGAAAGCUUUGAAGAAUUUGGGAGAACACUUGGAAAACAAGUUAAAACUUGUCAGCUUUGAGGUUUCUGACUUGCAAAACGACGUCUUAACAUUGGUGGACAAAUGUGUGGAUAUUCAGGUAGACGGAAAUCUAAACGAUCUGAACUUGAAUUAUUUACGUGAAUUUUACUAUACUAAAAAGCGUGAACAGAUCGAAACCAAGCUAACUGUAACACAGCAAAGAGCAGAGAUAAAGAAACUUCAGCAUGAAAUAGACGAGAUGGGCAAGGAUAUAGCAGGGCUUGAAAAAUUUACCACCUCAGUUGAUAAGCGCAUGACCCCAGCGGCUGUCCAGCAGCAGAUCAAUGAAGUCGAGGCAAAAUCCAAGGCUCUUGUAGACAGACAAAAGGGCCUUAAAGUACCAGAGGAUUUUAAUAUUGAGGCGGUUAUAGAAAAGAUCGAGAUGCUGGAGCGAAAGAAAUAGAACUGUAUCUGGUUUUUUAUAAAAAUGAUUUUAAUAUGUUUUUAUUUAAUCUGUUGAUUCAAAAAAAUUAAUUACCAUAACACAAAAUCAGCAAAUCUAAAUUAAUCGAGCUUUAACUUUUUACUUUCGACGCAUUCAAAAAUAAGCUGUAACUUGUCGAUUAUUACUUUGAUUCUAUUUUAUUGGAAGUUAACCGUUUACAAAGUGGUCAAUUGCUGCUAGUUUUUGUUUACGUUGCAUGUUUGUUGUAUAUUUGUUUAAUGAAUUAUUAAAGUUUUUAAAAAACCGUAAAAACCGAAUUUAGAACGGUUUAUCAGCUGCUUAAAGCAUUCAAAUGUUUCAAGUUUCAACCUUUCCUUCAUGUUUUCUAUUCGUUUCUUUUACUUUUCCUUUGCCUGUUGCUCAAAUAUUUCCAAUGUGAUUAUAUUCAUCAUAUAUUUAUAUAUGUAUAUAAAUUGGUGUGUUUGCUUGUUUGUGUGAGUGUAUUUAUAGAAUUAAUAAUUUCAUAUUCAUUAAGUUGUUGCUUGUUGUUGUUGUUGUAAUAUAUAAAGGGCGGGUAUGUGGCAGACAAACA